AUUUGACGCUCGCUCUGAUAUCGAUCCGCGUGAGCGCGCGUUCAGGGUUCAGUCUGGCGGGAGCGCGCACGCACGCUUCACCUCACAGAUGGAGUUUCUCGUCGGCAGCGCGUUCUCGUCUCCCGUAGGACAGCGGAUCCAGAAGGCCACCAGCGCUGCUCUUCAGGCGGAGGACUGGAGUCUGAAUCUGGAGAUCUGUGACAUCAUCAACGAGACGGAUGACGGACCGAAAGAUGCGGUGAGAGCUCUAAAGAAGAGGAUUGUGGGUAAUAAGAACUUCAGGGAGGUGAUGCUGGCUCUGACUGUUCUUGAGACGUGUGUGAAGAACUGUGGUUCUCGUUUCCAUGUCUACGUCUGUUCCAGAGAGUUUGUGGAGGGUGUUCUAGUCAGAGCCAUUCUGCCCAAAAACAACCCUCCCAUGAUCCUUCACGACAGAGUCCUGAGCCUCAUCCAGGCGUGGGCCGAUGCCUUCCGGAACAGUCCUUCUCUGUCUGGAGUGGUGAGCGUCUACGAGGAUCUGAGGAAGAGAGGCCUGGAGUUUCCUAUGACUGACCUGGACUCUCUCUCGCCCAUCCACACGCCCAACAGGGUAGAGCUCAAAGAAUCCACAGUACUAAGUAUUCCAGAAAAUGGGGUGUCUUCCUCACCCGUGUCCCCGUCUCACACCGACUCGUCACCAGCGAGACACACUCCACAGUCCAGCGGUCAGAGGAGCCCCGUGUCGCCCGACGAGAAGCAGAAGCUGAGAUCUGAACUGGACCUGGUGAAAGGAAACCUGAGCGUCAUGACCGAGAUGCUGAAUCACGUCAAACCUGGAGAAACAUCAGCAUCAGAUGCAGAGCUGCUGCAGCAGCUGUACUCGGUGUGUAAGCAGAUGCAGCAGAGGGUCGUGGAGUUGAUUCCCAAUCUGUCGGAGGACGAGAUGAUGGGAGAACUUCUGCUGGUCAAUGAUGAUCUCAACAACGCCUUCAUCCGCUACGAGAGAUUCGACAGGUUGAGUGAGCCAAGAGCAAACACAGAAGAAGAGCAGGAGUCGCAGCAGACAGAGACGGCAAACCUCAUUGAUCUUAGCCCCGAGCCUCCAUCAGCGCCCAAUCAGAACACUCUUCCAGCUGUCAAUCAACAUGAGCCCCGCCCUGCCUCCGACCAAAACAGCAGCUCAGCACUUGAAGAUGAGGAGUUUGACAUGUUUGCUCAGACGAGGAGCAGCUCUCUGGCCGAACAGAGGAAGAGUGUGCGCUACGAGGACCCCGGUGCGGUGGACGGUCUGGCUGAAGCUCUGGACACACGUCUGCAGGUCACAGCCGGGGGUUCUGGCAGCGACUGGGUCCGUCAGUCUCAGUGGAUUUACAGCGAGGUUCUGGCUCCAGCUCCGCACAGCUCCGCCAUGGAUGAGAUCGAGAGGUGGUUGUCUGCCGAGAUGCCGGACGCUGAAGACGUUGAAGGAGUGACCAGUGAAGAGUUUGAUAAGUUUUUAGCUGGAAGAGCUGAAGCAGCUGAUCAUCUUCCCUCGAUGAGGAGCAGCCCGUCCGUCGCUGUCCGUCCCUCGAGCCCUAGACAGACAGCACAGGAGCAGAACCUCGAGCAGAUCUUCAGACUCUGACUCCUCAACGCUUUAGACCACUGUUUGUUGCCUGUGUAUUCAUAUUAACGUGUGUGUGUGUGUGCUUAUAAAAAGCAUUAAUUUAUGUUGUAAAUUAACCCUGAAGAGAGGCCUGCUGUUCCUCGGACUCAAUGUCAUUAUACUAAAGACACUAUAAUGUUUAAUGUAAUGUGAUUCUCUUAAAGAACAACAAGCAAUGUUUGUAUUUCUUUGUCAAAUAUUAAAACUCAUGUCCGAAGCAGAUGAGAAGAACGUGGAAUGAAUCAGAUCUAAGAGCCAGGUCAGAUUCAGUGUUUAUUGCUCUUCAGCUGAAAUAAUGUUUAGGACGUGAUUCUGUGUCGUUAGACUUCACUGUUAGAAUGAUUGAUUAUUAAAAUGUUGUUUGGUGUGA